AGUUCGACUGUUAAAAUAAGGAGUAACAACAGUUUUGUUUGCUUGCUUUCUUUUUUAUUUUUUAUUUUUUUAAAAAAUUUGAUUUGUUUUUCUGUUUCAAUAAUGGCUGCAUUUAAAGAAUAUAGAAAUCAUGGAGAGGAUAAAAGAAUGGUUAUAAAUCUCGCCUGCAACUUCUGAGAUGAGUUCACGUGAAGGAUACGCUGUAAAUGUCGGUGAGUUUGGCGAGAAACGAUGCCCACUCCGCUGUCUCCAUGCGGUGAGUUCCCAAAGCUGAGCUCCUCUCGCCACCUUAAAUGCUGUGUUGGGCAGAGUUGAGCUUCCUUUACUUUUUACUGGGUCUCCUGUUCCUCCCAAAGUUAUGUUCCCAGUUGUGGCCUUCGCCGCAUUUAGAUCGGGAAUAAAAGAAAAGGGUAAAAGCCUUGAAAAUGACUCCUUGGCGCCUUGUUUGGUCUUUGGAGUUGACGUUAUUGAUGGUGGGAGCAGAUCUGCGCGGGGCUUGAAAAGUGCUUGAGAGUGAAAAAGAAAAAGGAGGGUUUGAAUUUGAAGAAUCUGUUUUGAAGAUUCCAGCAUAAGCAUUGCAUUGCAUUGAUUACUUUACUGUCCUCAUGGAGCCCCCCGUUUCAAGGCGCUUCUUGUGGUUGCUUCUCGCGCUGCUCUCGCUUCCCUGUUCCGUGAGAUCGGGGGACGCCGAAGCGCUCCUCACGCUGAAAUCCGGCAUCGACGUGUCGGACUCGCUGCCAUGGAGGGCCGGCAGCGGCGUGUGCGAGUGGAAAGGGGUGAAAGAGUGCAUGAAGGGGAGGGUGACAAAGCUGGUGUUGGAGCACCUCAACUUGACCGGAGUUUUGGAUCACAAGGUCCUCAACCAGCUCGACCAACUCCGGGUGCUCAGCUUCAAGGGCAACUCUCUCUCCGCUCAAAUCCCCGACCUCUCCGGGCUUCUCAAUCUCAAAUCCCUCUUCCUCAACGACAACAACUUCUCCGGUGACUUUCCCGCCUCCCUCUCCACCCUCCACCGCCUCAAAGUCGUCGACCUCUCCGGGAACCAGAUCUCCGGCCAGAUUCCGGUCUCUCUUGUCAGGCUUAGGCGACUGUACGUGCUCCAUUUGCAGGACAACAGGCUGAGAGGCACCAUCCCUCCUCUCAACCAAACCGGUCUCCGAUUCUUCAACGUGUCCAAUAACCAGCUGUCCGGAGAGAUCCCGGUGACCCCGGCUCUGGUCCGGUUCAAUGCGUCGUCGUUUUCGGGGAAUUUGAAUCUGUGCGGUGAACAGGUGGAUAAUCCCUGCGGAACGCCCGGGGCGGGGUUUGGGUUUCCACCGGAAAUGAGUCCUCACAGUUAUCCGUUCUCCAAGCCGCCGCCGUCGUCCUCUUCGAACCGCGCGAAAUUGACGAAGAUAAUCGCAGGGAGCCUGGGAGGGUCUGUGGCGCUGUUGGUCUGCGUGCUCCUGCUAUGGAUGGGUUGCAGGAAGCGCAGGAGGCUGAAGGAGGAUGCGUCGAGGAACAAGAGAGUAGUGGAAGCGCCGACAGUGAGGGAGGACGGGGCAGGAGCGAGUACCGGGACGGGGGGUGGCAGGGGAGGUAAUAACGGCGCGAAACCGGGGGGGUUUUCGUGGGAAGGGGAGGGACUGGGGAGCUUGGUGUUCUGCGGAGCAGGGGAUCAGCAAAUGAGCUACGGGCUAGAGGACUUGUUGAAGGCGUCGGCGGAGACGCUGGGGAGGGGUAGCAUUGGGAGCACGUACAAGGCUGUAAUGGAGUCCGGGUAUAUAGUGACGGUGAAGAGGCUGAAGGACGCAAGGUAUCCGACGCUGGAGGAGUUCAGGAGACACAUGCACGUGCUUGGGACCCUCUCCCACCCUAACCUGGUCCCACUCCGGGCAUAUUUCCAGGCCAAGGAGGAGCGCCUGCUCGUCUACGAUUACUUCCCCAAUGGCAGUCUCUUCUCUCUCAUUCACGGAUCAAGAACUUCAGGUGGUGGAAAGCCUCUUCAUUGGACAUCGUGCCUUAAAAUAGCUGAGGACCUGGCAACUGGUCUACUUUAUAUCCACCAGAACCCUGGCUUAACCCAUGGAAACUUGAAAUCCUCAAACGUGUUGUUAGGCUCGGACUUUGAGUCGUGCCUUACGGAUUAUGGUCUUGCUUCAUUCCGGGAUCCUGACGCAUUUGAAGAAACCAGUGCAAUUUCUCUUUUCUAUAGAGCGCCUGAAUGCCGUGACAUUCGGGUGCCGUCUACCCAACAAGCGGAUGUCUACAGCUUCGGUGUACUUCUGUUGGAACUUCUAACUGGCAAAACACCCUUCCAGGACCUUGUUCAAGAACAUGGUUCAGAUAUUCCUAGGUGGGUCCGGUCAGUCCGUGAAGAAGAGACCGAGUCUGGGGAUGAGCCCGCUUCCAGUAAUGAGACAUCUGAGGAGAAACUUCAGGCUCUCUUGAACAUUGCAAUGACUUGUGUCUCACUUGCACCAGAGAACCGGCCUACAAUGAGAGAAAUUUUAAAGAUGAUCAGAGAUGCAAGGGCAGAGGCUCAAGUGUCAUCCAACAGUAGUGAUCAUUCACCAGGAAGAUGGUCAGAUACUGUUCAGAGCUUGCCUAGGGAAGAACAUUUGAGCAUUUGAGUGGAUACCAAACUUGGCGGCUUAAAAUCUUGAAUUCCAUUUUUUUUUUUAAAAUUGAAUUGUGAUUCUUCAACUAGGCAUUGUAGAGUGCACCAGUGUAAAGGUUUUUGUUUUGAUCUUUCCAGCUAGUUAGCAGCUAACAUUUAAGAUUUUAUUAUCUAGUUAGUUGGACGCUUAGAAGGUUGAAUUUACAUUGUUGUUUGGAAAAAGGGUCCUAAACCUUUUUCUAAAAUUUUAUUUUACCUGUUACAAUGUUGUUUUUCUUCUCUAAGGAUCAGCCUUACUUUCCACUGACGACUCCUUCAACACCUUACUCUCCACAGUCUCACUGCAGCCUUCCAUCUGAGGAACGAUCAAGACUACGUAGAUGCCUUAACUAUGAGAAGCUCAGCCUUGAAGUGUGUAAAGAGCUCACAAAGAAGCCUAGAAUCCCUCCCGGGAUCGCGGUUCUAGUGCUCAUAUCUUAACAGUCUGAAAUACCAGCAAAGAAGCUCGGUUAAUGGGGAGUCUGACCAGAAGCAGUUCCCGAUGGUUUUUGCACUGGCAGUGGCCCUAGAAGUUUCUCAAAAGAGAAUCAAAAUAUGACACUAAACCUACAGCGGAUGCAAUGGAGGGUAGUAGAAUUGGAGCAAGUGUGUAGGGAGAUGAAGGGUUAGAUGUCAAGGUUGGUUAGGCAUGUUUUAGCCUCCUCAGCAGCUGUUGAGGGCUUAAGAGUUGCUGUCGAGUGUGUUCAUAUAUGCAUUGAACAGAGCACUGCUGCACUAGCCGCUGCAGAUGAUUUUUUGGUAGUAUAGCCCAGCCAGAGGUUUCAACCAGUGCCCUCAGAUUCAAUUUAAUGGGUCAGGUGAUCAUUAUUAUUAUUAUUAUUAUGCAUUGAACAGAGCACUGCUGCACUAGCCGCUGCAGAUGAUUUUUGGUAGUAUAGCCCAGCCAGAGGUUUCAACCAGUGCCCUCAGAUUCAAUUUAAUGGGUCAGG